AUGACAACUGUCGGCUAUGGCGACCUCGUCCCCGACAGCACCAUCGCCAAGUCCCUCGCGUGCGCCUUCGUCUUCACUGGCGUUGGCCUCAUCGGCCUCCUCCUCAGCAAGGCUGCCGACACCAUAGUCGAGCGUCAGGAGGUUUUAUUAGCUAAGGCCAUCCACAUGCGGGACCGGUGCACCCCGGCCGAAAUCUUGAGGGAGGUCGAGACCAAUAGGGUUAAAUACAAGUUUUUUACGGUUUUGUCCUCGCUCAUCGUGCUCGUGGUGGCUGGGAUGGCUUUCUUGUGCCUCGUGGAGGGUUUGGAUGCUUUCGACGCGUUCUACUGCGUUUGCGCCACGAUCACGACGCUAGGGUACGGGGACGAGAGCUUCUCCACCGGCGGAGGCCGCUUGUUUGCCGCCGUCUGGAUUUUGGUGAGCACCGUUUGUUUGGCGCAGUUUUUUUACUGCGGGGCGGAGCUUUAUACCGAGAGGAGGAGGAAGUCGUUCGUCGAGUGGGUCCUGUCGAGGGAGCUCACGUCUACGGAUCUCGAGGCUGCAGAUUUGGACAACGAUGACGCCGUGAGUGCGGCUGAAUUUGUAGUGUAUAAGCUGAAGGAGAUGGGGAAGAUUAGCGGGGAGGAUGUAGAGAUGGUGAUGGAGUGGUUCAAGCAACUCGACGUAGAUCACUCAGGGACACUAACCAAAGCCGAUUUGGUGAAUUCGGUACCGUCGUUUAAUACUUAG